UAUUGACCGAAAUUUCAAUUUGCAUCACCCCCUGUUGCUCAUACUGCCCCCAAUGAAUUUCUAAUUUUUAAUGAAAUUCAAGUAGCACCCCUAGCUAACAAUUAAGAAAUAAAAAUUGCACUCUGAAUCGCUGUUGGAUGGAAAAAUGACGCACGCGCGCGUAUCUGCCUUGCGCACAUGAUAGUUUCGCCGCGUUUCGGGUGUGGUUUAGAUUUUGCAUUCACAUUCGCAUUCGGUCAUUGAAUUCAGUAGAGACCAACGAACAGGUUAGUUGGAGAUAUACCGAACGUAAAUAUUUCAACCCGGUUUUAGAAUGGGGCUGGUGUUCGAGUGGAAUAGUUUCUAAAAAUAUGCGAUAUGCUAGAGGCGGACGAUUCCGUCUCAAAAGUGUCUUGACUCCUGGACCAGAGAGGCAGCGGUAAAUUGAUUCGGUAAAAAGAUGCACGUGUCCGAAUGUUUUGGCCAAAUGUGAUGUAUAAUGAAAAAGUCCCUUUUCUCGAAUUUAAAAUUGAGCAAUGAAAUGUGAAGUUCGCAGUUCUAAGAACUGAGCUUUCAACGUGUGGAUAUGCAGGGCCGUCUAGAUUGGAAGCUGGUCUUGCUCUAUACGUUAUUAGUUUUACAAAUUCUUAUCGUCGUAAUUUACGUGGCAUCCACACCCCCUCCAGAAAUUAUUGCAGCGACAACUCAAAGCUCAGUCUCAUUUGUGAAAGUUGAAAUGCCAAAGGCGCUACAAAGUGCACCACGAGUUGAUCGAUUGCCAACACCUGUGCAGACAAUCAAGAGUAAUAUAUACUUGAAAGACAAAUACGCAUUUCAAUCAUUUACAAAAUAUAAUUACACAUCCUGUUGGCGAGAUGGAGUGGAUGGACGGAGGAUGGAAAGUAGCAAGACAAUAAAACGUUGUAUUUGCGAUCAUGGAUGGCAUGGUUCUGAUUGUGGGCAGCCCGAAGUAGUUUGGCGAGCAAUUAUGGCUUCGAAGCAAAACAUUAAACUAGAAAAGCGCAAAAUAUUGAGACGUCUCAUUUAUGUUUUUUCAUUAAAUGACUACAAUUCGGCAAUUGCGGAGAUAAUAGUAGAAGAACUUUAUAAUGUUGUUGAUCUGUUUGUGAUCUGUGACUACAGCGGUGCGGAGGAUAAUUUUAAGCACAAGCUCGCUAAAGGCCUGCUACAACGAGAACAAGAUAAAAUUUUGUAUAUUAAUAUAGCUAGCAAGAUACGUAAACCAUUAAGAGUAAUCUCUAAAUAUAUAUGGGAAAAAGUAUGUAAAAUUGUGCAGAAUUUAAGAGAUGAUGACAUUUACGUAACGACUGAAUCUGAACAAAUUUUAAAUUUACGAGCACUCAUGUUCCUUAAGGUAUACGACGGAUGGCCACAACCUAUUGGCUUUCGAUUAAGAUGGUCUGUGUUUGGUUUUUUCUGGCAGCAUCCUCUUAAAACUUCAAUUGUCAUUGGUGCAUCUACAAUUAGUUUACUCCACGAAGCAUAUCAUCAAAAUUCAGUAAUUCUACCAAAAGAGUUUGAUGGUGAAGUUAGUGAUAGAGAAACUCUAGGACUGGUUAUAGGAGAUCUAAAUCACUAUGGGGGAUGGUAUUGCUAUCUUUGUCAGGACCCCGCAAACAUACUGACAUCUCUACAUCACAGGACAAAUAUAAAAGAGAAGAAUAUUAAGCUAAAUAUCGAUGUUUCAUAUGUUGAAGAACUAAUCGAAACCGGCGUAUGGUUAGACAACAAGACUGCACUUUUACGCGCCUACAAAUCUCGCGAUUCUUAUUUUGCUCCUGAUAUAGUAAUGAAUAACACGUGGAAGUAUGACUGGCUGGUAGAAAAUUUCUAUGCAAAGUUAGAUUACUAUUAACAUUUAGGCAAUACCCACGCCUGUGAUAUUAUCUCAUACUCGACACUCUAAACAUUACAUAGUAUAGACCGAAUUUACACACCAAAUCAAUAUGUUGAUUAAAAUAUAAAUGUUGAAUAAUUUGUACGUAACUUGUUAAAAACACUCCGAUCUAUUUGUAUUUGAAUUAUUAUGAAAUCUGUUUUACUAGCUUACUGUAAACACAGCCCUCUCAGAAAAAUAAUUGUCUUCGAAAUAUAACAUGAUAGGGAUAAAACAACCAAUGUGCAUUAGCUCAUAUGUUAUCAUCCAAAAUGAUAUUUACUCAUUUCAUGUCAAUUUCACUAAACUUUUUAAAAUACUCCAGAGACUGAUUGUUGUGUAAUUAAGUAUCAGUAAAUAUGGAGAAAUA